GGAUGUGUUCAACUACUGAGAACCAGUUUUCCAGCUUAUGCUAAGCAACGUUUUCCAUCGCUGGAACACAAACGGUCAAACUGUCGGCGCUAUCGAUACGCAACUUCUCAGCAAAUAUGCUGAACAAUCUCAACGCAGCCGGAUUGGGUGUUUACCAUUUCUACCCGUCCGCAGGUCCAAAGGAAUGCGACCUGCCAAAGUCGGGCCUCACGUCCCUGCAUGGUGCGACCGGAUUCGGCCAGGUAACCAACUCUGCCACCGCCGACAGCAACGGCAACCGGUUGCACGUCAGCACCGGUGCCGGUGGUAACGGUGGCACGGGUGGUGGCAGCACCGGUGGUGGUGGAUCCGGUGCGGGAUCACUGUGCGAACCACACAACAUACACCAGGAUCAGAAUGCUGACAAACAUGGCGCAAAACAGAAACGGCACCGAACACGCUUCACACCGGCACAGCUGAACGAGCUCGAGCGCUGCUUCUCCAAGACGCACUACCCAGACAUCUUCAUGCGGGAGGAGAUUGCCAUGCGGAUCGGUCUGACCGAGUCACGCGUGCAGGUUUGGUUCCAGAAUCGACGAGCCAAGUGGAAAAAGCGAAAGAAGACCACGAACGUAUUCCGCACACCGGGAGCCCUGCUACCCUCACACGGACUACCCCCGUUCGGGGCCAACAUAACCAACAUAGCCAUGAGCGAAAGCUUAUGCGGUACGUCAAUGUUCGGGGGCGAUCGAUGGGGCGUUGGUGUUAAUCCCAUGACGGCCGGAUUCGGUCAGCUGAACCAAUCAUCCUCGCUUUCCUCAACGCUCAACACGGGGCUUAACUCGGGCAUCAACAUAUCCUCGGCCAUGGGAGCCGGCGGGUAUCAUAACUAUGGACUGAACGCGUUAGGUGAUACGAUGAUGUACCAACAUUCGGUUGGCGGUGUAGGCUGCACGGGAGGUUCACCCACGUCCACCCCGCCCAACAUAAAUGCUUGCUCACCAUCCACUCCACCCCUAGCAAAUAGUGGCCAGCAGCCGAAUCAGCCUCAGCAGCAACAGCAUCAGCAACAGCAGCAGCAACAGCAGCAACAGCAGCAGCAGCCACAAGGUGCCAGUCAGAACGAUGCAUCGGCCAAUGGUGAAAUGCCCGGCCCCAAUCAGCAUGGAAUCGGUAACUGUCAGAGCUUGUCGGCCGGUGGUACCCCUGACGGAGAUGACGAUGUUUGGCGAGGUCACAGCAUAGCGGCCCUACGGCGCCGAGCAUCCGAAUUGAAUCAAACCAUGCCCUCCUACUUGCACGCGCACAAUUACGACCAUCACAACUCGGUGUAUUGACUGCAGCUGUUUAAAUGAGCGGCCAAAUUGCAACACAAUUA